AUGAAAGGAAAUUUUGUAAAGUUGUGCAUAAAAAAGUGGCGAAGAAGGGGUCGUAUAUUCAGACGAUCUGAUGUCUGCGACGACUGCUACCAAUACUGUUGGUGGCCAUCAAAGCAAGAGGAGAAGAUCAUUCCAAAUGAUGUGCCAAAGGGUCACUUGGUAGUCUACGUAGGCGAGUAUUGUACGAGGUAUGUUGUCGAAAUAAAGUUACUUAGGCAUCCACUCUUCAAGGCAUUGCUGGAUGAAGCUCAAGAAGUCUAUGAUUUCACAAAUGAUUCUAAGCUUCAUAUCCCCUGCCAUGAGAAUAUCUUCCUUAGUGUUGUUCAAUGUGCCAAAUCUCCAGCAAUGAGAAGAAUACCACUCUGCCUAUAA